AUGUAUUCUAGCUGCAUGCCCGACCACAAUGACAUUGUAGUGGUGAAAAAGACCGAGGAAGUUGGCGUAGAAGAUUGUUUAAGGAUAAUCGUUUGCAAACCUGGAAAGGGUCUCGAGAUAUGUGACACAAGCUCGAUCAAACUCUACUUCCCAAUCGGGCAAGCAGUCAUCACUAGUGGUGGACAACAAGGAAACCCGAAAUCAACCAUCAAAGCAUGUUCAAACUUCGUUGAAGAAGGAGAGAUCGUAUUCACGCAUGAUCCGGGAUGUAAGAUUUCUUUCGGAGGACCGCAUGAUAUGCAACACAGGUUUCAAAACAAAAACAAAGUGAUGAGGGACAUACUGAAAAAAUAUCCAGGAUUCUACCUACAGCCUGCCUUGUACACCACAAGGAAACAAUAUCGAGGAGGUAGACAUCUCACAUUCGGUGGAGACCUUCACAAAGGGGUUAAUACACUGAAAUACAUAGAAUGCAAAGCGAAAUGCGAUCUUGGGCAGGUCUUCCUAUACCGCAUGAAACCGAACAUGUUUUUCUACUCCAAGAUCUUCAUUGAUGGAACAAAAUGUGAAUGGAUGAAAAUUUGCGUCAAUGGGGAAAACGGUGUCGCCAAUAAUAAGCUGACCUGUGAUGACGUGGACCUUAUCAACAUAUAUACGAGAUAUGGAUUUGUCACGAUGCCUGGUGCAAGAAAUGGAGUUCCAAUCAGACUCGUGAAGGCCACCAAGGGCACUGGGAAAGAUGCUCUGACAAGCCGUCCAACACAAAUUGGGUUCGAAUUCGAUGGAGAGAGGUUCGCUGUAUGGUCAGUUUCGCGAGAAGUUGUAGUGUCUGGCAGAGACCUUGGUCACGAUGGAUCGAUCAUUAUCUACUUGUCUCAUCACGAGUGCUUGAUCAAACAAUAUGGGAUCAAACAACUGGGUACCAACAACGGCAUUGUAUACCAGAUUGACAAAAACAAACCGAUCGAUGGUGUGUCCACAGGAGAAGAAGGAUCAGCCUCAUAUGGGACAGCAGCUCCUAAAUCAAAACCUCCUACACUGGGCACGGAACCACCAACGCCGAAUGUGUCAGCUGUAGCUCCCAGUACAACAACACCGAAGCAGGUCUUGGACCUCGGAUUCUUACAAACCGUUGGUGAAGAAGUUGCCAAACCACGAACAGGAUGGCUCAUUUGGAUGGUGUUUUUCGGAUUCUUCUGUGGAUCCCUCGUUGCUCUUCUUAUCGCUGGCACGCUGCUCUACUUCGGUCGUCGCACAGUCUAUGCGGAUUGGUAUCGUGGAAUGUACAAACGAUAUGGUUGCGAUGCAUCAGGAAUUACUGGAGGAGUUACAGGAAGCGCAUUCGGUACCACAACAAGUGGAGUUGGUGGCCUGUCAACCAUCGGUGGUACUACCAUGGGCACCACUGGAGGUACAACAGGCGGAUCAACUAUGGGUACUACUACGGGAGGAACUACUGGUGGCACUACUAGCGGUGAUACUUCGGGCAUGAGUACUGGUGGUACAACCGGUGGUACUACUGGUGGAACUACAGGUGGAACAUCAGGAACGUCAGGAGCAGACACGGGUACUUCGGGUACUUCGGGUGGUGGUGAUAUGGUAACUAUGUGA